CAUACAGUAAUAGUGGGACAAAUUGCCAAGACCACAACUUCUUCAUCAUGUCAUCUCUUCUCUGGCUCACCUUCGCCUUCAUGGUGCUCUCGGCAGUGCACUGUUACCCCUCGGAGCAGGGUUCUUCUGAAAUUUUUUCUGUACAGGAGAAGGACCCAAUCUAUGACAACAGUCUGGAUGAAGACGAAAGUGAUAUUUCAACUUUAAUUGAGAAAGCAAACAAGAAUUUGGGACAAGGACUGGAUGAGCCAACUGUCAUUGGGGACAUUGCCAUUCCUACUGAUCUUGGGAAUGCUGAUCCUUGCACAUCCCGUGGAUGCAAGUGGAAAAAAUCAUCAAAAGGGAUUGUUUAUGUACCCUAUGUAAUCUCCAAACAGUACUCAAAAAGAGAAAGGUGCAUCAUUGAGCGUGGGCUGAAGUCCUUUGCCUCCUCCACCUGCAUCCGUUUCAGGCGACACAGAAGAGAGAAAGACUUUUUGAACAUCCAGUCCCUUGAAGGGUGUUACUCUUAUGUGGGCCGACGGGGUGGUGGUCAGGUGGUUUCUCUGAAACGCCAGGGCUGCGUCUAUCAUGGGGUUGUCCAGCAUGAAAUCCUGCACGCCCUAGGAUUCGACCACGAGCAGACACGCAGCGAUCGUGAUAAGCAUGUUCGUAUCUUGUAUGAGAACAUCAUCCCAGGUAAGGAGCACAAUUUCAGGAAAAUCCAAACCAACAACCUAGGGACCCCAUAUGACUACAGCUCUGUCAUGCACUAUGGGAGGUAUGCCUUCUCCAAAAACAGGGAGCCAACCAUUAUCCCCAUUCCAAACAGUAAUGUGGAAAUUGGAAAAAGGAAGCAGAUGAGUCGCCUUGACAUUCUGAGGAUUAAUAAGCUCUAUGGGUGUGGAAAAUCCAUGUAAUUCAGGACUGGUAUCUCAAGAAAAUGUCCUUGCAUCUUUUUAUUGCAUCUAUCAUUUUAAUGCUUAAUCUAAAAGCAAUAAAAAUGUUUAAGCUUACUUCAUUCUUUAAAACUUCUCAAUGCAUGUCGUAAAUAAAAGAAUAAUGAUAUAUAUUGUUAAACCUCUGUGCUGAAUUUUUCUAUACUGUCAAUAAAGCAACAUAUCUGCCUAGCAAA